CAUCCUUUGCUUAUGCUGUACUUGAAAAUGUCCGCAUGACCUGUCAUCAAAAGGUGCUAAUGUCUCGCCAUCUUUUUAAACAGCCAUUUCUUACACUUCAGUAUUUAAAGAAGUCGUAGAAGUAUUUUGUGUAAUUCUGUGUCUUCCAUCAACGCUAUGAAGUUUGCAAUUUUUGUUUUGUCAACAUAUCUCACCGUCUUCAUGGUAAUACCUGUACUUUCAAGACAGCGAGUAAAGAGAGGAAAUCAUUGCAAUACUGCUUGCAUAGAAAUUUAUGCUCCUGUGUGCGGGUCCAACGGGGUAACUUAUUCCAAUGACUGUCUAUUGGAAGCGGCAAACUGCUCAAAUGUAUGUGAAAAUAUCACAAUUGCCCAUCGUGGAAGAUGUGAUUGUAAACUUCAAGCAGUUGCUGGGCCUUGCGAAGCUCUAAUUCCUCGUUACUACUUUGAUGAGAACAAAGCCAAAUGCUUACAAUUUGCCUAUGGAGGUUGUGGAGGAAACAGAAACAAUUUUGAAACACAGCAAGACUGUGCACUUAACUGCCCAUCUGCGAUUGCUUCACCUUAUGGAAAGUGAAAGACGUACUGCAUCACUUAAACUUAAUCGUUCACUAAUCAAACUUUUUGUACUUGGAUAUAACCAGUCUUGUGAAAUUUGAUUUGCAUUAAAAAUAAUCAUAUUG